AUGAUAAUACUGGACGAAGACGACCACCUAAAGUCAAAGGAUCCUCCCGUCGCAACUCCCGCUCUUCGUUACCCAGAGCGCGCGGCAGGCCGUCGUCCGUUCAGUCCUUUGCCUGACUAUGAAACGUCGCAGGCCUUGGCUCUCAAUGACUUAAACAACGACUCCUUGAUAACCUUUCACAAACCCCCUCCAAAACGUCGCUUUAUCGACUCCAGGUCCUGGAGAGCUGGCAUCACCGCUUUGGGCAUUUAUAUUAUUCUUUCAAUCGUCAUUGGCAUCCCUCUCAUCGUCAAGAAAUCCCAGGAAGACGAGAAACCAUCCUUCUACUCAUCUAACUAUGUUGCUCCUUGGCUAGUAAAGACCACUACAUCCCACUACGUCACGAGUAUCAACAACCUGUCCGCCUCCCUAUUGGACGGAGUUCCACCUGAUUGCAACGUAUGGGCAACCACCACACAGCUUGACGACGCGCAAAAUUCCAUGGUUGGACAGGUUCUAAAUACCGUAUCAUCUGAUGGUCGCUUCAGCAUCACAUCAAAUGCAUCGUACAUUAGUAGCAUGAACGUAGUCAUGGGAGAUUUGUUCGUCGGCAUAAAUUCCGACAGCUCCGUGACGGAUACGACUAUAUCCAUCACGAUGCAAGCAUCCAAUGUUGACCUCUUCGACCGGACACUCGUUUGCUUUGCCUUAUCAAAUAACGCCACUGGUCUCGCUAUCUAUAUUCCCGACAACAUGACUUGGAACGAUCAACUGCUUUUCAACGUCACCCUUUUGUACCCCCGAUCGUCUGUAACUUCUCGAGUCGACUCUUUUGCUACCUACCUUCCUUUGUUCACCCAAACAUUUGGCGAUUUUGGCGACUAUGUCAAUUUCGAGAAGGUUUCUAUAGAAGGCCCUGUUUCCAAAAUAUUUGUUGAUUCCCUCGAAGCCCACCAAAUACUAGUAGAAACAUCCCUGGAGCCAAUUUUCGGUCAGUUUUCCGCAUCACGCUCCCUCUUUGUGAGCACUAUACAAGCUCCUAUUAAUGUUAACAUCUCGCUCUUCAAUGAUCCGGACUCGUAUUUGCCAACGUAUGUUGAAGUUAGUACUGGCAGCAGCAACCUGACGGCCAAUGUUACGUUGAACGCGCCCAACAGAAGUCCUCCCCAACGUCCGAACUUCCUUGCAAAUAUGCGUACCUUUUAUGGUGAAGCCACAGCGAGUUUCGUACACGCUCCCACAUCACCACCAGCGGUUUUAAAGUUGCGACUGGAGAAUGACCUGGGUCCAGCCAAUGUCAUGUUCGAUCAGUACUUUCAGGGCGUUUUCCAAGCCAGUACAAAACUAGGUGUCGUGUCAGUGACGCAGGGCGCUGCCUCUUCUAUGGAUCCGUACGAUGCAACUUUGAUCCGGGGCUUCUCAGAGGACUUCGUUUCCAAUACACGGACUUAUGGCUGGAUAGGCUGGGGAUCACGCUCAGGGAACUUCCUCGGUGGACAAAUGGGUGAGGUGGUCGUAGAGACCUCGAUCGCAAACUGCACUCUGUAUUUUGACGGUUGA